UACCAGCAGAGGACAAGACACAGGGCCAGGUAGGAAAAUGGGAAAUGUAGGAUACGGAGAAGACCAGUACUCUAGUUUUGGGCAUGACUCUAAUUCAGACGUGGGUGGAACUGGACAUUGGCAAAGAUUACAGAGUCAGAGAGGAACCAACAGGCCUUAUAGAGGUGGAAGAGGAGGAAGAUGGAAAACACCAUAUGGAGGUCAGGGUCAGCAUGACAUGGACAGAAGACCUAAACGAGAAGCAGGUGAAGUAGAAAAUGAGCAGGCGUUUGGUGGGUUGAGCAGAACAGCAUCAGAAAAUAGUCUCUCUGAAGAUGAUUCUAGAGCCAGUGAUGCAUCUGGCUAUGGGCAGCCAUCUCAGAGGCAGAGAGGCAUUGGGAGCCAGAACAGAUCCAGAGGUGGGAGACGGGGAAGACCUGGUAAUAGCAGACCUUAUAGAAAUGAAAGAGGGGGAAGAGAUGGUAGAAGACCAUAUAGAGGUCAGGGUCAGCAUGGCAUGGAGAGAAGACCUAAACGAGAAGCAGAUGAAGUGGAAAAUGUGAAAGCAUUUGGUGGCUUGAGCAGAACAGCAUCAGAAGUGAGUCUCUUUUCUACAGCAACUGCUGGAGAAUGGACUGACUUUGAAGAUGAUUCUAGUGUUGGGGAUACAUCUGACAACAACAGACAACCACCAAAGAAGCCAAGAGUGCCUGGGAAAUUGUCAAGAGGUGGAAGAGGUAGGCCUGGUAAUAGAAGACCUUAUAGAAAUGAAAGAGGGGGGAGAGGUGGAAGACCAUGGAGGGGACGGAAUCAGGGAGGCAAGGACAGAGGACCUAAUAAAGAAGCAGAUGAUGUAGGACAUGUGAAGGCAUUCCGUGGCUUGAGCAGAAGAACAGCAUCUGAAGUGAGUCUCUGUUCAACUGGAACAGCUGGAGCAUCAAGUGACUUUGAAGAUGAUUCUAGUGUUGAGGAUACAUCUGAUCAUAGGCAACCUGCAUCUCUGAGGCAAAGAGGUACUGGCAAGCAGAACAGAACAAGAGCCUGGUCGAGAGGUAGACCUGGUCGUGGUCUGAUGACGGGGACUGAAUGCCGUGAAAAAGCAACAGAUGUGGAUUUCAAGCGUGAAGAAAAUGGCCCAGGAGUGUUGGAUCUGUUGGCCAGUCUUAGAGGUCUUUCCACAGCAGAAGUAACUCAGGUGAACACAAAUGUAGGUUUUGAAGAAGAAGAAGACCAGGAAAGACCUUCAGAAAAUAAAAAUAAUUUAUCUUCUAAAAGAACACGAAGACAAAAGAAACCAAAACGACAUGAAGAAUCACAUGGUUCUCAAGGUAGAAGUGUUCGCACUCCUUCAAGCUCGAUGCAAGCCAAAGAGAAACUAGAAGCAGAUAGCACAGUCAGCAAAGUGUGUGAUAUUCUUCUUAAUAAGUUUAAUGGACGUGCAGAAUUUUCAAAGCUUGUUAAGGAAAAGGAUCUUCCUGAAGAAGCUUCUGUAGUUUCUUGGUAUGAAAGUCACAGGAAAUUUUUUUUGCUUUUUAAAAACAGAGGCAGAGUUGAGUUUGUAUCUGUCUAUUCAAGAAAUGUACGGCUGUGCGCAGUGUACAACAAGAAUGACUGUACAAAAGACGACUGCACAUAUCUUCAUAUCUGCAUACAGUAUAUAACCGGUGGGUGCAAAUAUGCGUGUUGUCUAUCACAUGACUUUUUCGAUGAUAGAAAUAACAGUAAGAUCCAGGGAUUUUGGUUUGCGGAGUACAAAAACGAGGAUAUAGCUAAGAUUGUACGAUGCAGUCUUCCAGAGUGGUGCGAGGAGUAUCAAAGUCAAGGAGACCAGCAUGUGAAAGCCUGUCCGUUGAUCCAUGUGUGUCGGAAUAGGAAAUGCAAUAAACAGUGUGGCCUUGAGCAUAACAUCAAGGGCUCUGACCAUAACCGUUCGAUACUGAAUGCGUAUUAUAUGGAAAAAUGGCAGGACAACAUUCUCAAUCGAAUACUUCUUCAGCGACAGCACAACGUCCAACAGGUCAAAAUAGACAGGCAUCAAGAAGGACCUUAUAAAGCCACAAAUUUGAAUGUGGAUAGGCAACAUAAAGAACUGGACAGGACCAGAACAUCAGCCGGGCUAUUGUCUAGGCAAGUAGUGGAUACAGACGAUAAUGUUACAGGACUGAGUUGUAGAAGAUCUUAUACGACUGAGCAGUAUGGCCUAAAGGAGACACAAAACGUGUCCAGUAAUUCACAUGACGGUUCUCAGACAAAUAAAGAGCAAAGCAAAGAAUUAAUACAGAGUCUACAACCUGCAGUAUUAUUCAAAGGUGAAGAUAAAAAACUCAAGGGUAUCCUUAAGACAAAAACAACAUCUCGAACUGGUCCAGAUACAGACUUAUUCAAAUUUGAAUCAGAUGAAGAUAAGGAACAGGCUACCCUUAAACAAUAUGCAAGAUCCACACCAAACAUACAGGUACCGAUGGAUACAACUACAACUGAAGUUAGAAACACAAUAACACUUUCCAGUCAAGAGUCAGACUAUUUCAAAUUUGAAUCUGAUGUAGAUGAUGAACCUGAUGCUGCAUCAACAGGUGAUGCUCUCUGUGAGAAGUAUGUGUGGAGGGAGUGUUCCAGACGCUCGCACUUCCAUGGGACAAGCCGUCUGCCAUACCAGUGGCAGAUCAAGAUGCACGAUGGAUGGAUCUUCUUUGAUGCACCAGAGAAUGAGAAGAUUGAGCAGUCGUUCUGUAACUUCAACAAGAAGAUCGAGGACAUAAAGGUUUCUGACAGUUUGAUGGCUCAAAUCAACUUUGACUCCAUGACGGCAGUUACGUACUUACAGUUCUAUGGGGAAAUUAUUGAUCAUGCUUCAGACGAUACUGAGAUAAAGCGACUGUCCACGCCCUCGUAUAUCACUGGGACUGAUGAUAACAUGGCCGAACUGACACAGUGGUGCUGGCAUUUCAGCGACCAUAAAACAUGGUACCCAUUUGAACCUGAAGCAUUACAGUACACCAUGGAACUGAAGUAUUUGAAUGAUCAGCUGAGCUAUUUUUUUGAGCGUGAGCAGUUUCAGUAUAAAGUAGACUUCCCCACCAUGAGACAGAAGAACCUGCAGACUUUGAAGAUGAGAGAAGUGAUGAGAAGACCGAUGUUUGUGUCACCUGAUGACGUUAAGCAACACAGGAAAAUAUCCCAUCCAAAUCUGGUGACCAAGAAGCCAGCACUGUCGAUGACUCUGCCUGAUGGCUGGACGCCGCUAGACUGCCACCAGCCCAUGGAGCUGGUCAAGCUGAAUCUGGGCGAGGGUGAUGGAGAUGAGACGGUCAAGACUGUGCAGGAGUUGUUCUUCUCCACCAUGAACAAAUCCGACUUCAAGUUCAAGUCUCUGUUCCGCAUUCAGAAUCCAGCAAUGUGGGAGAAAUACUGCAGCAUGAAAAGAACGAUGGAGAUGAGACCCCAGGGAGGACUGGUCAAUGAGAAGCGACUCUUUCACGGGACAGUGGAUGACAUGAAGGUUGUCCGCGGAAUCUGCCACAACAACGUCGACUUCCGCAUGAGUGGAAAGAACGGUACAGUCUAUGGCGACGGUGCAUACUUUGCCAGAGAUGCCAAAUACAGCCACAGCUACACCAAAGGUCCUGUUCGGUUCAUGUUCCUCUCAAGGGUCCUUGUUGGCCAGUACACCAAGGGAGAGAGUUCUUACAGACGUCCUCCGAACAGAGUGGGCCACACCCUGUACGACUCCUGUGUCAAUGAUGUGAGAGAUCCUCAGAUCUACAUCAUCUUCGACAUGGCGCAGAGUUACCCAGAGUUUCUGAUUGAGUACCUUGUUGUUACUCCUGCAGCUCCAGCUUAUGGCCCGUCUGUCACUCCAAGAUAUUCCUCAACUAGUGUGCCAAGUUCGUCAUCGUCAUCAUCAGCAAGGACAUAUGGCUAUGUCUCGCCUAGCACAUCCAGUUCUUCGAUUGGAAACACACCGGCCUAUGCCUCAGCAAGCACACUUGGCUAUGCCUCAGCUAGCAGACCGGCAUAUUCCUCCACUAGUGCCACAGGUCAUUCUUCAAGUAGUUCACCAAGAUACUCCACUUUAAGCGGGGCCUCUAUGGCUGUUCCACCUAGACCAAGAUCUCCAGUGUCAACAAGGGUUACCACGGGAACCACUGCUGCUGCUUCACCUCAUUCUUCCAGUACUACCGGUGCAGCAAAACAAAGGUCUGGAUGUGUCCUUCAAUGAUCAUCUGUACAGGACACAUUUCCGAACGCUUGGGUCAAACUAGCUGAUAGGUUGAACAAAUUAUGGUGUUUAUCUCAAGGGUGUUCGACUCAAUGAGAUUCCAUUAUACAUGUUAAAGGGAGCGUCUUGAGUUUGCAGCCAUUGUAAGAUGUAUGCAAUAACAGGGGCCUUAUAUUGGCAAUUACUAUUUUUUACUAAAUACAUUUUCUUGUUUAGAAUUACAGUGUCUGUAUAUCGAAUGUGUUUGCGGUCGUAUACUAAUGUUUUGUAGCACUUAGUUUUUACUUUUAAUUUGUGAUAU